GCGACUGCCAACUCGAACGGUUUUCGAUCUUCUUGAACCGUCUCCCUUUCUCCUGUUGGCCCCGUCUCAAUUAACUCCUCGGCCAGCCCUGUCGUUUGCUUGCUUCCUUUCUCCCAUCCGUCUCGCUUGCCCUUCGCCGGUUUCUUCCAUUGACCUGUUAUCGUCCUCUCACUUCCCGAUCAACCCUCCUUGACUAUCAUGUCCUCCACCACAGAGACGGCGUCCGCAUCCCCCAUUGGGAUUGCCAACCUCCCCAACCAGCGACACAAGAUCGUCGCUAAACGGGGUGCGGCAUUCACUGUUAUGGUUGCUGGAGAGUCGGGACUGGGAAAGACCACGUUUAUCAACACCUUGUUCUCUACCACCAUCAAGAACUACGCCGACCACAAGCGCCGCCACCAGAAGCAGAUUGACCGAACUGUCGAGAUCGAGAUCACCAAGGCAGAGCUGGAGGAGAAGUUCUUCAAAGUCCGCCUCACGGUGAUCGAUACCCCCGGAUUCGGUGACUAUGUCAACAACCGCGACUCUUGGCAGCCCAUCAUUGAGUUCCUCGACGACCAGCAUGAGUCGUACAUGUUGCAGGAGCAGCAGCCCCGCCGCACGGAUAAGAUCGAUAUGCGUGUCCACGCUUGCUUGUACUUCAUCCGACCCACCGGACACACCCUGAAGCCCCUCGAUAUCGAAGUCAUGAAGCGCCUCAGCUCCCGUGUCAACCUGAUCCCCGUCAUUGCCAAGGCCGACACGCUCAGCCCUGCCGACCUGGCCCGUUACAAGCAGAGAGUGCAAGCUGUAAUUGAAGCCCAGGGCAUCAAGAUCUACACUCCUCCCGUCGAGGAGGACGAUGAGCACGCCGCCGCCCAUGCCCGCAGCCUGGUGGCCGCCAUGCCUUUUGCCGUGAUCGGAUCCGAGAAGGACGUUAAGACCAGCGACAACCGGGUUGUGAAGGGCCGUCAAUAUGCCUGGGGUGUUGCCGAAGUCGAGAACGAGGAUCACUGCGAUUUCAAGAAGCUGCGGUCGAUUCUGAUCCGUACCCACAUGCUGGAUCUCAUCCACACCACCGAAGAACAGCACUACGAGGCCUACCGUGCACAGCAAAUGGAGACCCGGAAAUUCGGCGAAGCUCGUCCCCGGAAGCUGGACAACCCCAAGUUCAAGGAGGAAGAGGAAUCUCUGCGGAAGCGAUUCACCGAGCAGGUCAAGGUCGAGGAACAGCGGUUCAGACAGUGGGAGCAGAAGCUCAUCUCCGAGAGAGACAGACUCAACAAGGAUCUGGAAGCCACCCACGCUGCGAUCAAAUCGCUGGAGCAGGAGAUCGAGGGCUUGCAAGGCUCCUCGACCCGGAGCCAUGGACGUCGUUAAAGGUAUAUCUUUUGGAACACUGCAAGUGGCUUUCUCAGGGACAGUGGGAAAAGCAGGAGCAAUGCGCAUUCGCCUGGAUUAAUAUUGUUAACAUUUGACUACCCCUUUCUUCACCUUUCCUUAUAUUCUUUUUUUUCUUUUUCUUUUUUUUUCGGAUUUUGUACUCAGGGAAAACCAUCCGAUGCAACUGUCCUGCCUCGUAUUCCUUCUGGAGCUUUCCCUGUUCUUUCAAUUUGCUUGCUGGAAGCUAGCGAUGGUCUGUCUACAUCCUUGAUAAUAACCCAUUUGUACUCCGUAGCAUGUCAAU